AUUUGGAAGACAACAAGGUGGAUAUUAAAGUUGUAAAAAAAAUGUAAUAAACUUCAGCUUUAAAUAGUAAAUUGUGACGCGGGUUUCACGUUAGGCUACUGGUCGGGACUUCGUAGCCUACUGCUCCGCUGUUUCUUCCGAUCGCCUCCAACCCGGCCUCGCGCGUAUUCCCUGGCCAUUUGAAUAGGAUAUUUUGCCUCGCUCCUCUCUCCCGAACAUCGCUGCCACUACCUCGUGUCUCCGCCUCUCCGCGCGAACCCGAUCCCCACCCGUCUCCCCUUCCACCACCCCCUCACGCCCCCUUACACCGCCAACCUCCUCCCCCCUCCUGGCCCUGAAUCUGAGCGUUUGUCCGACUGAGAUUCCGCUCCCUUCAUGCGAAUAACUUCUGAACUCCAUCCAAGGGAGAGAGAGGAAAAAAACAAACACCGCUAAAGUAAACCUGGGCAAAGCAGGAACCAGGCGUUUUUAUUAAAGAGAAAAACUGCGGUUGUAGACCUGCGGCGGGUGAGGGGCAGGUCGACGAAUUGAAGGAUGUGGAUCUGGUAUCUACUGCUUGGAUCGGGCUCUGGCUCCAGCUCGGUCGACAGCCAGCUGCUUCCAGGGAAUAACUUCACCACCGAGUGCAACAUUCCCGGGAAUUUCAUGUGCGGAGACGGGAAGUGUGUCCCGGGGGGGUGGCAGUGCGACGGGCUCCCAGACUGCUUCGACAAGAGCGACGAGAAGGGCUGCCCCAAGGUGAAGUCGAAGUGCGCUCCCACGUUCUUCGCCUGCGCCAACGGGAUCCACUGCAUCAUCGGCCGCUUCCGCUGCAACGGGUUCGACGACUGCCCGGACCGGAGCGACGAACACAACUGCACAGCCAAUCCACUGGUUUGCUCCGCGGCGAGGUUCCACUGCAGAAACGGGCGCUGCGUGGACCGCAGCUUCCUGUGCAACGGCCAGGACAACUGCCAUGACAACAGCGACGAGGAGAACUGCCAGACCACCUCAGAGGCCCCCAGCCAGGACUUUGUGACGCUGGACUACCGGCUGCGGUACUAUCCCAGCAUCACCUACGCCGUCAUCGGCAGUGCGGUCAUCUUCGUCCUGGUGGUGGCGCUGUUGGCCCUGGUGCUGCACCACCAGAGGAAGCGGAGCGUUCUCCUGCCCCGGGGGGUCCGGGGGGGGCACCACCACCAGCCCCUCCUCCUGUCGCGGCUGGUGAUCCUGGACCGAAUGCCGGGCCAGGCUGGUCUGAGCCCUAGGUCCCCCCCCGGGUCCCCCCCCGUUUCCCCCCCCGGGCCCUUCGGCACGGCAGCCAGCCUGCAGCUGCUCUCCGGCUCCCUGCACCCCCCCGGCCUGCCCCUCGACUCCCCGCCCUCCUACUCACAGGCUGUGCUGGACGCCAGCCGGCCACCCUGGUUCGACCUCCCACCUCCGCCCUACCCCCCCGAUGGGGGGGCACCUCCCCAGAGGGACCUGCCCCCAUAUGAAGCCCACGUGGACCAGCCUGAGCCAACACCCAGGCCCCGCCCACAGGAGGAGUCUGACCAGCUGUAGCCCCGCCCCCUAUCAGACUGCAUGUACAUGAGUGACAGUGACGGGUGGAGACGGACUCCGAAAGGCUGCACGAACAGAAGAGGGGGCCAAGGGGGGAGCCCAGGUGCACCAUCAUGCCACGGGCCCCAGAGGAAAGAGGCUGAACAUGGGAACACAGUCAAACUCAAACUCCACCUCCUGCUCACCCCCUUACCCAUGAGGCAUUGUGCUGCACAGCAUUCCCCGUGAUAUAGACUGUUUUUGGUUUUAGAGACUUGGAGAUGCACCCUGCCCCGUAUGCAGUCAUGGCUGCUCAACACACAGGUGCGGGUGACUGAGAAAGUGGGAGCGGCCAUUUUGGGUUCCCAUGGCAACACGUUGCUGGAAUCAUCAUCAUUGUGAUUGCCUAGGCAGUAUUCUCCCAGAACCUGGCCAAAACUCCCGACUGCGAACGUGCAGGUCCUACAGCUUCAGUGAAGUCUGCCCGGUCCAGUGAAGGACGUUUCUCUCCACAGACCAUCCGGACUGGAGUCUGGGAGACUGGACAGGGCUCUUAGAGACAGUGUCAGUGUUAUUAGCACCAUGUCCACCAGGGGGAGACAUUUCAGCUUUGCACACUUACAGGUGUGCCAGAACAAAUCAGAUCAGAUCCACACUUGUCAAUGAUAUACAAGUAUUUGGUUACAUAUAUGUAGCUUUUUAUUCAUAGAAGUUUACACUAUAUUUUACCAGUGUCCUGAUCCAAUAUAAUGUAUAUUUUGGGAAAAAAAUGGUAAAAUAAUCAGUGGACUUGUAGGAUUUUGAUGGAUAUUUGAAACAUUUUUAAAUGCGUUACUGUUACAAUUUGUUACAAGUUUAUGUAUAACCAAAUAAUAUUUAUCUGGUAUUUGCAGGGAGUGAGGUUCUUUAACUGGAAUGAUUUAGUGACUGCAGGACCAGGUAAUUAAAGUGUGAAAGCUUGGUUUGAUGUUUACAAAAUGUGCCUCUCUAAGGACACAAUCAAGAACUGUUAUGGGGAUGAAGAGUCAUUCGUACCCAAGAUAAUCUAAUUAACAAAUCAUCUGGGAUCACCUGCUCUUAAUUACAAAUUAAUGGCUGGUUCGGCUGGCAGAAAUAUCCAUCAGAAUCCUGCAAACCUAACAUUGGGAUUUAAACAUGUAGUGGAGGCAGGAUGUAGAGAGCUUUAUAUAGGAAGCACUUAAACCAAAGCUAUUUAAAGGAAGUAUUGUUUUGAGCAGCAUAGCGGUCUGUAAAGGCCUUGCUGUAGCGCAUGGUUAGGUUCUAGAAUCACUGAGAUCUUCUGUUCAGACUGCUUUCACACACGCACACACACACACACACACACACUCACACGCACUCACACUCACACACUCACACACAUACGCACACUCACACACACACUCACACACACACACACACACACACAUUCACACACACGCACACACACAUGCACAUGUACGCACGCACGCACGCACGCACACACUCACACACAGUCACACACACACACACACACACACAUUCACAGGCAACGUAGUGAAGUGCAGGUAUGUUCAUGCCCAGACUGAAAGCACUUCCAUUAUUGAACAGGACUACAGGAAAGGCACUUUUCCACUCAAUCUAAAAGCCCUUUUCUCUUAAGUUCUACAAAGCUCUGCUGCAGUGAAGGAAAUAUGUGAUUACUGUCAGACUGCAACACCCACAGUGAUAAAGUAGGGGGUUGGGG